GCGUUCCGCUAUGCAGCAACUGUCACUGACUAAAAUGGAUGCGAACUUCACUAGCUGUCAUUGUCUGUCAAAUCGAAAUCGUCUUCGCUCUUUCUCUUUCCGGCAAUCGUAUGGAAUUGUAGUAACACAUUUCGUUCAAGAUGUUCAUGCCCAAAGCUCAUCGCGUUUCGAUCUACGAGUACCUCUUCAAAGAGGGAGUGCUGGUAGCACAAAAGGAUUUCUAUGCCCCGAAGCAUCCGGAGCUGGAGAAUAUACCAAACCUGCACGUCAUCAAGACGAUGCAGUCGCUGAAGUCGAAGAACUUUGUUAAGGAACAGUUCGCUUGGCGCCACUAUUACUGGUAUUUGACUAACGAAGGUAUCGAGUAUCUGCGUUCGUACCUGCACCUGCCACCGGAGAUUGUUCCAUCGACACUGAAGCGCGCUGCCAGAUCGGAACCGCAGCGAGCCCGUGCCGGCCAGCCCGGAGGUCCACGUUCUGGUGAUGGGCCGAAGGGUGGUGAGGACCGAUCGGGCUACCGGCGAACUCAGCAACCCGGUGGUCCAGACAAGAAGGGUGAUGUCGGUGCCGGAGCCGGAGAGAUUGAAUACCGAGGAGGAUUUGGUCGUGGAUCUAAGCCACAGUAAGGCACGGAGUUAUUCAAUCUGUGUACAUUUAUCAAUAAAAUAUCUAUGAUAUAGGAAA